AUGCGGAUGUUUCAGCCGUUAAAGAGAGAAGGGUUAAUUGGAUUUGAAAGUGGUGGUGAUGGGCAAGUCUUAGAUCUGGAUACUGCUGUGAAAGAUGGAGUUCUCGGUGGUGUUAAUGGUGGUGGUGGUGUUGUUGAUGAGAAAUUGGAUAUGAAGACCAUGUUAAAGGAGCUAGAUUUACAAGAUAUACCUUCUGUUUUCAUUUGUCCCAUCUCCUUAGAGCCGAUGCAAGAUCCUGUGACCUUGUGUACUGGUCAAACCUACGAAAGGUCCAACAUUCACAAAUGGUUCAACCUAGGUCACUUGACUUGUCCCACUACAAUGCAGGAGCUUUGGGAUGAUACGGUUACUCCUAACAAAACUCUUCACCAUCUCAUCUACACUUGGUUCUCUCAGAAGUAUGUGUUGAUGAAGAAACGCUCCGAGGAUGUUCAAGGACGAGCUAUUGAGGUUUUGGGGACUUUGAAGAAAGCUAAAGGUCAAGCUAGUGUUCAUGCGUUGAGUAAAAUUGAAGCCGUUGAGAGGCUGAGCAAGGUUGAAGAUGAAAAUUCUCUUAUCUGGUGGCCACCGGAGCCGAUACUGGAGCUUGCUCGUCUCGUUGUUGAUUCCGGUGGUGAUCCCGGUUCAAUCCAGCGAGUUCUCGAUCCCAAAAUGAUCUUGUUUUUAGCUUCUUCAUCCUCUGGUUUUUUAGAAGGUGCAAAGGAUGGCCGAGUAUUAGUAUUAGACCGAGUUGGAGUAGCUGAUCUCGCUGAACCGUUAGACGAUCUAGAGGUUGAAGCUUUGGUGGUCACAGGCCUUGUCGUAGAGGUGGUUGGAGUUAUAGACCUUCUUGUCGGUGUGGAAGGUCUGCUCGCUGACCUUGAGCUACCAGAGGAUGAUGGUCGCCUGAGUCCAGCUACAGAAGAAGAGCUCGUUUGGGACUUAUUAUGGUUCACUGAGACGAUCUCUUCACGGUUGAGUUAA